CCCUGACUUGUUAGGGGGACGAAAUGAGCCAGGUUUUCCUGAGCUCUGCAUCCCAACUAAGUCCCCAUCAUUGCCCUGCAGCUUUAACCCAAGGUGCAAAGGAAGAGAGCGGCUGAGCAUCUCGAGUAGUACAGAGCGGCUUACGGAGGCCGUCCUGCUGACCGAAGCGACCGAAGCCGUCCCUAUCGGGCGGGCAGAGGAGGUGGGCAGACCAGCCGACGGAUUUCUGCCCAGUUUCCUUUGGAUUUCCCUUCAGGCCAGAAGGUGGACUGCCCAGAAGAGGUGAAAAUCCCCUAAGAAGAUGUCCUCCGGUAUCUGUCCCGCUUAAGUCUCCGGCCCCCAAAGCCGUCCCAGUCAUCGGGGAGAGCCGGAAGGAAAUGCGUGGAUAGGCUGCAAUGGAAGGAGCAAACGGCCCGGAUUUCCAGAUCCAACUUCCGCCCUCCACCACCGCCAUUACCGUGAACGAGAUUUCCUUCUCGUACAAGGAAAACUUGAUCGGUGCCCUCCUGGCCAUUUUUGGACAUCUCGUCGUCAGCAUCGCGCUCAAUCUCCAGAAGUACAGUCAUAUCCGACUAGCAGGUUCCAAAGAUCCCCGGGCAUACUUCAGAACUAAAACAUGGUGGUUUGGCCUAUUUUUGAUGCUGCUAGGGGAGGUGGGAGUUUUUUCCUCCUAUGCUUUUGCUCCACUCUCUCUGAUCGUGCCCCUCAGCGCCGUGUCUGUGAUAGCCAGCGCCAUCAUCGGAAUAAUAUUCAUUAAGGAAAAAUGGAAACCCAAAGACUUCUUGAGGCGUUAUGUCUUAUCGUUUGUAGGCUGCGGCUUGGCCAUCGUGGGCACUUACCUACUGAUAACGUUCGGGCCCAACAGUCAUGAGAAGAUGACGGGAGACAACAUCACCAAGCACCUAGUGAGCUGGCCCUUCCUUCUGUACGUGCUCAUAGAGAUCAUUGUGUUCUGUCUACUCCUGUACUUCUACAAGGAGAAAAACAUAAACUACAUUGUGGUGAUUCUUCUUCUGGUAGCCUUACUAGGUUCCAUGACGGUGGUGACUGUGAAAGCAGUAGCAGGGAUGCUGGCCUUAUCAAUACAGGGCAACUUCCAGCUGGACUACCCCAUCUUCUACGUGAUGCUCGUAUGCAUGAUCGCGACAGCCGUCUAUCAGGCCGCGUUUUUAAAUCAAGCAUCGCAGCUGUACGACACCUCCCUCAUUGCCAGCGUGGGCUAUAUCCUGUCUACGACGGUUGCCAUCACAGCCGGAGCAACGUUUUACUUGGAUUUCAUGGGUGAAGACGUUCUCCACAUCUGCAUGUUUGCCCUAGGGUGCCUCAUUGCUUUCGUAGGCGUCUUCCUAAUCACCCGGAACAGGAAAAAGUCCAUCCCAUUCGAGCCCUACAUUUCCAUGGAUGCUAUGCCGGGGAUGCAGAAUAUGCACGACAAAGGAAUGACGGUCCAGCCCGACCUGAAAUCUUCUUUUUCCUACGGCGCUCUGGAGAGCAACGACAACGUCUCUGAGAUCUACACCCCGGCCACGCUGCCGGUCAGGCAGGAGGAGCACAGCUCCAGAGGCGUCUCUGCGGCUCCCUACCGGGUCUUCGAGCACACCAAGAGAGAAUGAGCCGCCCGCCCUCGGGCCCCGGGUGCGUGAGGGUUUCAUUCAUUUAUCACCGGGUGUCCCCUCAUUCUCCUCUCCCUCAUCUUCCCCACUAUAGCUGCGCUAACCUUGGGUCCCAACUUAGUCUUAAACGGCCCUUUCUCUGUGUUGGUUGAGGA